CAGUAUUUCACCAUUAGAAUAGAUAACAUGUAAUUGCGACACGGAACUUGACUCAGACCAAACCAGGCCACUUUCCGCGGAGCAUUAGCAGAAGUUACAAGUCAUCCCAGCUCGGCAGUUCUAAGGGGUACAAAUCUGAAUUUAUUCUCGUGUCAGUAUUCAUGAAACUCUCGCCUUUCGACGGGUACGCACGUAGCGCGCAAAUGGUGGCGGAAUAUUAUUGUUAGGAUACCAGACCCCCCGCACACACCCGCACACAGCCGUCCAUUGUACCCACACAAAUCAGCAGUGAGAGAUCAGAUCGUGAGCGAGAUGAGCGAAACGCUGGCAGUGGCGAGCGGUGGCGUGGUGCUUCCAACGCCAGCAUCCACCGACGUCUCUAUUUCUAACCUGCCGCAGCCUACAGUUGCUGUGGGAUCGGUAUCCCAUCAGGGCAUGGACCUAGAGGAUCCCCGAAACAAUAGAUUCUUUCUCUGGAAAUGGUUGUGUAACUGGACAUCCAGCUCACCGACAAUGCUGCGUGCCGUGGAGAAGAAAAUACUGUCGUACGUAAAGCUGCCCUACCGCGGCUUCUUUGUGGACAUCGGGCCUGCGGUGGGCGAAGCGGAUAAGAUCUGGACCAUCAGCAUGAAUACUGAGUCCAAGGAGGUGCCCCUGGUGCUCUUGCAUGGCCUGGGAGCAGGCAUUGCCCUGUGGGUGAUGAACCUGGAUGCCUUUGCCAAGGGUCGUCCAGUAUACGCCAUGGACAUCCUCGGUUUCGGACGCAGCUCCCGGCCGCAGUUCGCCAAGGAUGCGCUGGUGUGCGAGAAGCAAUUUGUCAAAUCUGUGGAGGAGUGGCGCCGCGAAAUGAACAUCAACGACAUGAUUCUGUUGGGCCACUCGAUGGGCGGCUUCAUUGCCUCCAGCUACGCCCUUUCACACCCGGAGCGUGUGAAACACCUCAUACUGGCCGAUCCCUGGGGCUUCCCUGAGAAGCCCUCGGACUCGACCAACGGCAAAACAAUUCCGCUCUGGGUGCGGGCCAUAGCUAGAGUACUGACCCCGCUUAAUCCGUUGUGGGCUCUACGCGCCGCCGGCCCCUUUGGCCAGUGGGUGGUGCAAAAGACACGGCCAGAUAUUAUGCGGAAGUUCCAGAGCACCAUCGAGGAGGAUAUCAACUUGCUGCCGCAGUACAUACAUCAGUGCAACGCCCAGAACCCCAGCGGUGAGUCCGCCUUCCACACAAUGAUGCAAUCCUUCGGAUGGGCCAAGCAUCCCAUGAUUCACCGCAUCAAAGACGUGCGCAGCAACAUACCAAUCACGUUCAUCUAUGGCUCCCGGUCGUGGAUCGACUCGUCGUCUGGGGAGAAGAUCAAGUCGCAGCGCGGCAGCAACAUGGUGGACAUCAAGAUCGUAACGGGCGCCGGCCACCACGUAUAUGCCGACAAGCCGGACGUAUUCAACCGCUACGUGAACGAGACCUGUGAUAUGUACAACGUGGCCGGUGGCAAGCUGAUAACGCCCUUGCAGCUAAUCCGCGAGUCUACGGAGUCCGACGAGGAGCGCGAGCCCAGCCUGAGCACAGCGAAGACGGUAGAGGUCCAGCCCGAAGUGCAGCCGGUGUCCGAACCAGUCACUGCAGCUGACACAUCCACGCCGACCACUGACGAACUGGCGGCGAACAUCAAACCGAAGUGAGCAGAAGCAGCGGGAUUCGCUGAGAACCAAACAAAUCACAGCUCGCCUGCCAGCCUGUAUCUAAUAGCUUAGUGUCAUUGCCUAGUAUUAAAUGGUCAUCUUAUCCAA